AUGUCCAAGGUUCAGAACAAAGAACCCACCAAUGUCCCUCACUGUGAAAAUGUUACUGAUGAAGAGGAAAUUAAUGAUGGAGGUUCUCCUGUGAAAUCUUCUUUUGAUGUUGUGCCCGAUGUUGAGACAUCUGUGUCUCAGGAAAUUUCUGAUCAAGAAAAUCCUGGAAAGGAUUCCACUUCUCUUGAAGAUUCAGGCAAUGCUACCCAACCUGAUGUCUCUGUGUCGUCCUCUUCGAAGGAUGCUGAUCCAAAGUAUGGAAAUUCUGAGGAUACCAAUACUGAAGAGCCAAUCCAGGCUCCAGCCCCUGUUCAGGACAUCUCUGAUGAUGAUUCUGAUGAUGUUCUUCUGACUAAUACCAUUCCUUCUAGCGUUUCUGCCAGGAUGAAAAGAAAAAGAAGGUUCUCUACUCCUGAAGUCACUCCUACUCCACCAAAGAGAUCCAAAUCCUCUAUUGUAACCUACAAGUCUAGACAAGCGAGUGUGAAAGGUAAGGGAAAGCAAAAGGCUGUCAAGACUCCCAGUGAGAAGAAGAAAAGGAAGACUCCAGUUGAUGAAAGUCUUGUGAGGGCUGAAUGUGUUGUGUUUUCACCUGCUGUAAUCAAUCAAGCACUUGGAAGAAGUGCUAUUGAAUUUGCUGAUAACGAAGUGUCCAUGAAUGCUAUUGCCAAGGAACUUACUGUUGGUCAUGUGAAGAAGUGGCCUCACAAGAAAUUGUUGUCUACUGGGAAUCUCAGUGUGAAAUAUGCAAUCCUUAACAGGAUUGGUGCUCAUACAUUGAAACAUGCUGAUACUUGUGCUGUGAAGCUGCCUGAAGUCUCCAAGGCUUUGCAGGAAACAAUUAGGGUGAUCACUUCCAGGAAGCUCAAGGUUGAUGCUUUGCUUCUCAAGCUGCAAGAAGAAGAACGCCAAGGAGGUGAGCAAAGUGCUGCUGCUACUGCUGCUCAGAAUGGGAGCAAGGAAGAGGAGGAAGGGUCUGAUGAGAGUGCAGAAGAAUCUGGAGAAGAAUCCAGUUCUGAAGACUAG